AAACGAAAGAUUUUAUUAUUAUAUUCGUUUUACAAGAUAGCAAUGACAAGGAAGAGAGGCAGUCAAAAAUUUGGUACCAUCAAGAUCGAUAUAGAGAGACUCCUGAAAAAGAGAUUCAAUUAGGAAUGGACAACAACGCGUCGUUCAAUAGGAUUUACACUACUCCAGAUCUUUCUUUAGUAAUUAAAGACAUUGCAGUAACAGACGCUGGUAUUUACUUAUGCCAUGGUGAGGAAGGACAGGAGAUAGAGAAUAAAUUCAACUAUAGAAUCGAACCAAUUUUCAAAGAACAUGGAGUCUCGUAUAAGGAACAAGGAAACAUAACUGAUUGGGAGAAAUAUCGUGAAAUAUAUUUGGCAUCAGUUACCACACGAUUUGCCGUUUCGCAAAUGUCUGAGUUGGCUCAAAUUCGAGAGGUUGGAAUACUGCUUCAAGUCAUUUCAGAAUGGGCACCGUGGGGUCCAUGCGAACAUUGUGUACGUAAUCGAGGAUAUAAGACGAGUGUUGGAAAUUGUCAAUUAAAACGACAAAUAAAUGCGACUAUUGCCAACAAGAGUGAUUCAUCCAUAGUUAAGUUUUUUCGAAGAUCUCCUUCAUUACCCUGCAAAGCAAUUUUACUCGAAGAAGAAUUUCCUGCUGUUAGUAAUGCGGUACGUCAUUUGCCGAUAUUUAUUUUAAAGGAAACAUGCAAAAAAUGUCCCCGCGUGAAAAGAGUAAAAGGUCGCAGAUUCAAGUAUAUCAAACGAUUCGUACUAGCAGAAGGAGCUUAUCUUACGAUCGUUUGUCCCGAAUCAACUAUGGAUACGCAAGUAUCGUGGAAGAAGGAUUCGAUUACAUUGGAAAGGGGUGUCCGACGAUCCUUUCGCAAAUUGGAUCCAGAAGCUCGCGUGAUAGUAGACGCCUUUGGAACGCUUUAUCUGAUAGAUGUUUCCACUCACGAAGAAGGUAACUACACGUGCUACAUCGAUAACGUUAACAUGAUGCAAGUAAAAGUCAUUGUUAUACCUAAGGCAAGAUUAGUAACCCAAGAAUUUCUACGUCAUUUGGGAUAUCUAGGCUUCAUAUUUCUACUUUGCUCGUUUUGUUACUGUAGUGGUCUGGUUUAUACAUAUAGACGAAGAGAUAAAUUCGACACAGCUGUUCCAAAGAAAAAUACGAUUAAAAAAGAAAAAGAAGAAGAAGAAGAAGAAACACCAUUUAUAUAUUAA